AUGACUGAAGCCAAACAAGAUUUAAUUGAAUUAUCAACAAAUCCUUUAGAUGUAUGGAUAAAUACACAUUAUGAUGAAUUGUGUGUAGGUAUGACGUGUAAAAAUGCUCUAUUCUGCAAACCAUCAGACAUGAAAGACAAGAAUUUCCAAAUGAGUAUUAAGGAUAAAUGUGAUAAGAAACAGAGAAGAAUAGAUGGUAAACAGACAUGGUAUUAUGUUUUGAAAGAAGAAAUGAAAGGAUUAUAUAAACAGGUUGAACCAAACGAUAAUGAGGAUUCAUUUACUGACGAUGAAAUACCUGUAAAUGAGCCGCUAAGCGGCGAGACCUGA